AUGGCCGCAUCCGAGGAAUCCGCCAUCCAGAAGAAGCUAAAGCCGGAGGAGCAAGAGGCGCAGCCAGCGGUGACAGCCAUUGCUGAUCGCACCGAGGAAGAAGACAAGGCUGAGGACUUUAUUAGCGCUGCUGCUGCUGCUGCCGCUGCCGCUACAAGUGCGCAUCACGCUGCUGUUGCUGGUGCUGGUGCUGGUGGAGUUGCUGAGGAGAUGGAGAACGGUGGUGGUAGCGGCGGAGCGGGUGGCCAGCAGGCUGCGGCGGCGGUGGCGCCGGCGCCGGGGCCGGAGGUGGUGAGGUCGCCUCUGGCGGCGGCGGUGGCCAGGCUGGAGAAUCACGUGCUGGAGCGCGUGGUGAAGGUGCUGCUGAAGAAGUGCUACCCGCCGCAGGAUGGGUUCCCGAUGACCGGGAAGUACCCGCCGCCGCCGCCGUGGUGGCCGAACGGCCGCGAGCGGUGGUGGCACGAGCUCGGAGAGGGCGUGGAGGCGCCGCCCUACAAGCCGGCGCGGCUGCUGUCCAAGGAGCAGAAGGUGGUGGCGGUGGUCGCCAUGGUGAAGAACAUCGCGCCGGACUACGAGCGCCUCGCCAUGGCCAUGCAGAUGGCGAGCAGCGUGACGAGCAUCAUCACGGACGCCGAGGCGAUGGCGUGGGACGCAGGCGUCACCAGGGAGCGCGACGCGUACAUCGCGCGGCACCCGCGCUCCGCGCCUCCGACCAGGGCGUGGUCGCUCAUGCGGACCCUCAAGCCUGAGGCGGUGAGGAUGAAGCGCAGGCAGCCGAGGCCGCCGGUCAGGAUCAACGCCCAGGAUGCUGUCCCUGCCACUGCCACUGCCACUGCUGCAGACUCGGCCGCCAUGGAGGCGGCCAUCGCCAUGAUCGAAGCCAUGAAAAACAAACUGAAGGAUCCAAAUGCUCCGUAUUUCCCCAUGCCGUAUCCUCUUCUUCCUCCUGGCACCUUCGAGAUCAUCCAUGACACUGAAGUUGAUCCGCAUGAUGACCCAGAGAACCCAAUAAUUUGGAAGGAGUACACUCGGAUACAAGGUAAUCUUGUGUUGAAGCGUGCUGGGAGAAAGAAGGGUGGUGUAGAGAUCUAUGAUAGCGUGAAGGAGGAAGGAGAAGGCAGUAGCAGCGGCGGCCCUAGGCGUGGCCGUCUUGUGAUGGAAACGAAUGCACAAGCUCAAGCUUAUUAUCGCAGCCUGCGCAACAAUGGCGCCCCAGCUGGUGGUGCUGCAGGAGCAGGAAGAACUGAUAAAGGCAAAGAAACUGCUGAAGCUGGUGGGAGCGGCAUCUAUCAGAAUGCAGGUGCAGGUGUUAAAACUGAACAUGAAGAUGAACAUUCAGAGGCAUCGAACAAAGGCUCGGGUGCUAUUCUGCAACCAAACAAAGGUAUCUAAGAUAAUUGUUGGUGAUGCUGGCCAGCAAAUGUUAUGCUACCCUUCAUUUAUAUUUUAAACCUGUUUGUCAGUUGAGACUGCAACUCUCUAGUACUUUUGCUUAUGGUCAAUAAUUGUGACCGAUGAUCGAUAUCGGAACCUUUGAAUUGUGAUGACGUCGUGUUACCAAAUUCAAGUUCAGAAUUUCUGAAGAAAUGGUUUA